CUUAAACAGCAUUGAAAUUAAUAUAUUAUCCUGUAUAGUCACCAGACAUCACAGCGACUUUGCAGCUUAGAAGAUGUGUAUCAUCAAGGCACAUUAGAGUGACGUGUAAACCUGGAAAACCUUUAUAUCAGGGUUGAAGACCGUGUGUUCAAGCGGCUUGUGUUUGAAGCAAUUGGGUCUUCCAAGUGAAUAGCCUUCAGAGCUGGACACAAUAUCAAAUAGAAGAGUGAUCACGACGCAUCUGCCUGCUGCCCAUUUGCUGUUAAUCUCGUGCCUCCUCCUCCGCUACCAGCCUUUAUUGUGACAACUUCUCUCACCCCGGCAGCUCAUAACAGCCGCCAGCAUCUCCUCUUUCCCAUUAUCGAACUACCUUCUUUUCAAGCUUCUUGGAAUCCCAGGAUCUCAAAACAAAGCGUCAAGUCUGCAGCAACCAUCAUCAAGGCCACGUCUAACUCCAAUAACACACUAACUUGACAGUUUUUCUUCCACGCCUCGCGCGUUAUCAAUCAACAGGCAAUAUGAACCCUUACCAAGACACCUGCGCUAAUUCUGAUAUUCGCUAUGAUCUCUUCAAUAUCGGUGUUCCAGACAUGUCCUGGAUUAAUGAAGCGUUAGAGGCAAUGAGUGAAGCCGAUAGGAACGAAACCAGAACCUAUCAAUCCCUUGACGGCGCUAGUGAGCCAAGCCCUGAAGGUAAUCCUACCCCGAUAAACACGCCGAACGAAGACACCACUUUCCAGGGGUAUUGGCAAGGCAUUGACCCGAGUCUCGCGUACAACAAAACCAGUAUCGAUUCUCUAAAUGAAAAUACCACCCCACAAAGCUAUGGCGAUGGCAUUGAUCCAAGUUGCGAAAGUAAUCUGGGCCCCGUGGAUGUCCUAAACAGAGGGAUCACUUCUCAAGGUUAUGGGCAUACCAUUAGCCCGGUUCCCACGCACGAGCCAGCUACCGCCAGUUUUCCGAACGAAGAUACUGUCCAGCAAGAUUAUGGCCAUGCCUUCGACUCGUACCUCACGAGCAACCCAGAAAGCGAAGUGCCUGUGCGCAGGAUUAACUUGCCCAACCGAUGUCUACCCGUGCCAAACCAGAAUCAAAGACAGGGCCAUAACAAAUUCCCACUUUUUAACAUCCAUGGUCCUGGUUAUUGGUGGAGGUAA